AUGGAGACGACAAACAACUUCCGGUCACUGUCUUCGAGUCCGGGCCUGGAUUCGACAAGCUGUAGUGAUUCUGCCCAAGAUUUGUCCCAGUCUCAACGAUCGAAAAGUUCAAACGAUUUGACAACUGUACCUUCUCUGUUGCGAAAACUUUCCAAUGCCGAAGCGAUGAUCAUCAACAAGAGGAAAACGGUGUAUAACGGCUCUAUACGUACCGAGAUGAACUUAUCGCAGCAACCUUUUCGGAAUGAUUACAAUGAGUCUUCAAGCCCAUGGCCAGAAAAAGCGAACCAAGACAACACAGUGGUCAAUGGGUCUCUAAUCAGCAAUGGAUAUGCAUCUGCCAUUAUGGCCGAGCAGAUGCGAGGACUUGGUCUCGGCAAUGGCACCCAAGAUCUUCACCCAGUGCCUACUAUUAUGGAAGAGAGUAUGUUAGAAUUGGUGGACACACCGCUAUCUACCGAUCCCAGAGAAUCUAGCCCAGCUCCUGACGCUGCUCUGGCCUCGAUCACUGGGAAUGGUCUACCACCUACAUCGGCACUAUCUGCUUCCAGCUUGCCCUUAGAACCUAGCGAAGUCAUGGACCGCGGAGAUCAGAUGUAUACCAAAGCACUGAGUCAAGGGCUACUUCCUCCAUCGCCAACUCAGGAGGAAUUCUUAGCCGACUCAUUCGAAGACCGCCUAUUCAUGUCUUUCGCCACAAACCCUCAAAAUCAAAGACAAUUCCUGCCAAAAGGACAGCUGAACAAUCUCAUUCACAAAGCAUCAGUAAUUCGAGAAUUAAGGAAGAAAAUCCCGCGGAUCAAAAAGUACAGCUUGGAAAGAUUCGCAAACAUGAUCUGUGAAAAUCCCAACCCGGCCAAAGAACUUUCCGAGUCAGCUUGUAGCAAGUCUUAUCAGAAGAUUUUUGCAAUACUUGUGUUGAUCAACAUGGUCCCCGCCAUCGCAGGAUUUCUGGAGGAAGGUAUCUGCGACGCAGACCUACCCCUUGUGAAAGCCUCUGAGAAGGGCGGGAUAUUCGAUCUGCGAGUCGAGGCAAGACGCGACUGUCCAUUGAAAGCAUUUAAGUACUGGACACGAGUAAACAUCAGAAACUUCGAAGAGUACCAAUGGACAAUACUCCCACCAUUUUUCACCAAGGGAGAGAGAAAGAACGUAAAGCAUUAUGUGCUUGAGCCUCAUAUUGUCCUACCAUUCACCUCUACCACUCACCCUGAUGAGAUGGGGUCGGCCGAGAUGCAUCGAGGAGGGUUUAGUCAAGUUUUCAAAGCCGAAAUUCAUCCUGAUCAUCAUGACUUCAGCGAUCCGGCUCUAGAACCGAGAUUGCGUCAAAACACCUUCGCGGUUAAAUGUCUCAACUCGCCAAACAAAACACUCUUUCAAAAGGAGGUUCGAGUGUUGAAGAAAUUCAGCGGAGAAUCACAUCCACACCUAAUAUCACUUUUGGCGACGUACGAGCAAUCGAAUCGAUUCUACCUGAUAUUUCCUUGGGCUGAAUCCGAUCUCAUGAAGUACUGGAAAGUGCUGAAUCCGGAACCAUCGAAUGCCGUGGAAACAACAUUGUGGAUUGCUGAGCAAUGUCGAGGAAUCUCUGAUGGCCUCGUAAGGGUCCAUCAAUACAACUCCUCCGAUCUUCAAGACAAUGAGGCGCAGCCUAAUAGCCAACUGUUGUCUCCGUCAGAUGCGCUCGCUCGAGACAAUCACGAGAGCGCUAAACGGCAGUUUGGUCGGCACGGGGAUAUUAAGCCCGAAAACAUACUUUGGUUCCGUGACACACAUCAAGGUGUUCUAAGAAUCUCAGAUUUUGGUCUCGCAGAGUUAAACAGCCGACUCAGUCGUUCUAAUCAACAUGGAAGCCAGGUGCCCAAUUCUCCCACGUAUCGACCCCCAGAAUGCGACUUACGUCGGCGCAUCAUCAGACAGUCAUACGAUAUAUGGUCACUCGGGUGUUUGUUUCUCGAAUUUAUCACUUGGUCUCUUGGUGGCAAAGAAUUACUCCUUGAAUUUGCCCUGAAACGAAGUUCGCCCGACCCGUAUUUGUCAGGCAUUGAUUCGGAUACAUUUUUCCAAAUCGAUGACCCUGAAGCGAAGGACUCGACGGCAGCCUCAGUGAAGCAGGCUGUCAUCGAGGUGAGUCUACCUAGCCUUCUCUAUCAGUUUUCUAUUUCUUCACUCGCUUUUCCAAGUCUAAUGCAACAGCGCAAUCCCUUUAGUUCGUGGACCACAGACUUCACUCUCAUCCUGCAUGCAGCGAAUACCUGCAUCACUUCCUGA